ACACAAUGUGGAGGAUGUCUUGCAGUAUGGUCAAUGAAUGGUCAAGAGGUGAACUGUGACGUGCCUAGGUGCCCACCUGGUGUUCGUGAGCUGAGAUGUCCGAAUACUUUAUGUGCCGAUCCUUUUUGUCCUGAUUAUCCAAAUGCGGUAUGCAGACCAGAAACUUGUGGACAUUGUGGAGAAGAUUAUUUUCUAAAUGGAUUACAAGUCGACUGCUUCCUUUCUUUCCGGAAAAGAAUGAAGAAAUUAGCCCCCGUAUCAUUCAGUCCACACGCAUCCGUAAACCAGGGUGUUAUGCAACCGGCAAGUAUUGGUCAAGCUGCUCAUGUCGAUAUCAAUAAUGCAGCUGCCAGUAUACCAACUGUACCGUCUUCACUGAACAUCCAACUAAACUCACCAACAAUACAGCCAAAUGAACAACCCUCUAUUAAUAUCAAUAACGCCGGAAGCCCUGAUCAAAUGGCAGCCGCUGCAGCGGAUACAAGUGGAAUAAUGGGCGUACAACAUGAAAAUGGAGCCGUCACAAUUCACGUGCCCUCGCAGGGUGGCGUGGCGUCUGUAAAUAUCCCUGCACCAGGUACCAUCGAACUACCACCCCCGGUUAAUAUGGAACCCGUAUCACCAUUUACCGAAUUAGGAUUUGCAGAUCCUGCUGUUAAUGAAGCAGUAGUGGAACAGAAUAGAAAUGUCAAUCUACCGUCUGUCUUGCAUUCGCCUAUAGAUUCUCAAACUGCGUUAUCAGGUGUGCAAAAUCCAAACAGCCAAUCUACGAAUGUCCCUGUUGAAAAUAUUAAUGAACGGAACGUUAUGAAUAGACAAGAACCAGUAACUAGCAGUAAUCCAGCCAACCAAAACGGUCAGGAACCACAAAGUGGCUUCGAUAUUUUUGGUUUCCUUGGCCCAGCUCAAAAUGAACCAGUGCCAAUAAUUGCAAAUGAACCAACUUUCAUACCAACGCAAGCCAGUUCUACUUUACCCUCUAGUAAUAACCCAGUCCCUGCAGACACUGGCUUACCAGAUACUGCCAGCAAUCCAACCAACCAAAUUGGUCUGGAACCACAAAGUGGCUUCGAAAUGUUUGGUUUCCUUGGCCUAGGUAACAACGAACCAGUCGGAACAAUUGCAAGUGACCCAACAUUCAUUUCCACGCAAACCAGUUCUAAUCUACCGUCUAGUAAUAACCCAAAGCCUACAGAAACAGGCGUCUCUAACACCCUAAUUGAUUCUUCCGUGAAAAUUAGUAACACGCAAACAACCCAGGAACCCGAAAGUGCUUUCUCUUUUUUGGGCUUGGAAAGUCCUUCCUUAGUUGAAGUGCCUGUAAACAAUGUACCAAUCGCUGAUGCCGCCACGUCUACCGCAAACAACAACAAUAUACCGGUUGAUACACCAAAUCAGAUAACAGGAGUUAGUGUGCCUAUUGAUACUCUCCCAUCUAAUAUACCUCUUAGUUCACCUAUUGAAACACCCAAAGUAUUGAAUACAGUACAGGUAAAUGGGGAGAAUCCUGCUCCCCAAAUUUCAGUGGAGUCGAUAGCCCCACAGUUGCCAGGAAUGCCAAGAAUUCAAACAUCUAAUAUCCCUACAAAUAUAAACAAUCAACAGUCCCUGUCUAAUCCUGUACAAGUUCCGAUUGGGUCAGCAGCAAGAGUUACCACUUCAUUCCAAGCGAAACCCUGUCUUCCGGGGGUGAUGGAAGCUUCUUGUAUUGAAGACCCGUGUUACCAGCAAACUUGUCAUAUUCCGGGUGCAGUUUGUCAUCAAACAGGGUGUGGUAGUUGCCAUGCCGAAUGGUAUGUUAGAGACAGAGUGGUAGAUUGUAGUCAACCUUGUCCCAAAAAUACUAUUGAAGCAGUCUGUACGAAUCCAUGUACUUUCAUGAGUUGUCCAGCCCAUCCAAAUGCUAUUUGCAGAAUGUCCAAAUGUCAAGCGUGCACAGCAGAAUAUUUUGUAAAUAACCAGAGAGUUGACUGUAAUUUACCUCAAGAACCGUGUCCACCUGGAGAAGAACCACAGGGUUGUGUAUGUAUGAUGCCGCUUUGUCCACUUGAUUUGCCUGCACGAUGCAGGAUUGUUGGGUGUGGUAGCAGCUGUAGAAUAGAAUAUUACAAGAUGGGGCCUGCAGGUAUAGAGACAGUAGACUGCGGUUUAUACGGAAGAAAGAGGGGUUGAAUUUAGCUAUACUAAAAUGAUUGUAGAUUAGAAAGUGCUGGGAUUGUGCAUUAUUGUUUAUUUGGUUUAAAUCGUCUAGUUAUUUAUUUGUCAUGCACAUUCAUGCUUUUAGUAAGCUAUUAUCUAGAUGAGGGUAUUAAUUUAUAAUA